CCGAGCCGAGUCAACUGAGUCAACUAAAUUUACAAAUAUAUUAUUUUGGUGUAGUUAAGUUUAUAAUUUAAACAAAGGCAACGAUUUAUUUUGGAUUAUUAUGUUGUGAAUUAUAUAUGUGUGAAUUAAUGUCAAAAUGCAGUAAAUAAUCUUGAUUUAACAGUGUUUUGUGAACAAAUGUAUAAUAUAUAUUUGUUACAGUUGUAGAACAACAACUGAGUUUGAACAUUAUGUUGUUUCAACCAUAAGGAAGAUUCUGUUAUUGAAUAAAUUCAACUCGUUAAACUGUAAUGGAAGAGACAAAUAGAGAAAAUCGUUCUGGAAUUAGACAAGUUUGGCAAUCAUGUGCAUAUUGUUCAAAUUUGUCAUUCACUAGUUUGCAACAGUUUAUAGAGCAUCUUAGGAGCAAGCACUGCACUCAAGAAGGUGGCUCGUUUGUCUGUCGUUAUGGAGAGAACAAUGUGUGUUGCACUCUACCGGUGGAGGGAGUGAAUGACCUGGACUAUGAACGCCAUGUGUUCAAGCAUCACACCACAGCCAACAACAAGGCUGGCUCUCGUAAGGUGUCGCAGAGUAAGAGUGAAACUGGAGGAGAGAGAUGGACCUCACACACCACUGCUCAGAACCUGCCUGCAGUUCUCAACGACCCGCGGCAGGGGAAGCAGAAAGACUUUUUCACCAAAACGUGGGGUGACAGUUUUGUGGAGGUGACAGACAUACCAGCACCUCAUUAUCUGCCACACAUUUCUCUGGAGAACUUCCAAGCCUACUUGAGGAAGACUGCUAAAAGACAUCGUAAGCAUGCUCGUCUGAACAGCGUAGCCCUCAAACCUUACUCUCAUGCUGAGCUGCUGCAGACGUUCCCAAAUCUAAGGGUGUCUUCCAAAUCAAUAGAAAAGAACCAGUUUGAUAUAAGCGUAAUUCCUAAGAUAUUUCUGGACAACAACUUUGCUCUGAACAAUAUAGAAACGUUCAACACAGUGUUUCCUCACCUCGGCCAGCUCAAGACACUACCGGCUUCCACCACUGCCCCUUCCUCGACCCACGCAGCCGGUAGUCCCACCUCUAUAGACUCUGCCAAGAUUCUACAGGAAAAGCUGACUCAUUACCUGGACAUUGUGGAAGUCCAGAUAGCCCAGCAAGUGUCGCAGAAGUCUGAUGCUUUCUUCCUGGCGAUGACCUCUCACGACACUCUCAUGGAACAGCUGGGACACACGAUAUCUAUGGUGCGCACUCUCAGGGAGAAGAUCAAACAGUUGACAGUGUCCUUGGUGAAGGAUUCUUUAACGAUAAUAAAAUGUGAACGAAGACGAGCACACUAUCUACAAGUUUAUAAUAAGUUAAAGCUGAUGUCAACUGUGCUGCAGACUCAGCCGACGAUACAGCUGCUGCUAUCAGCACCUGACUAUGUGGCAGCUCUGGACCUGAUCUACACAACACAGGAGCUGUUGUCCCAUCACCUAGCUGGUGUCCACAGUUUCAGGCAUUUAGGCUCCGAGCUGAAUGAAAUGGUGAAGGUAAUCGGGACUCUGAUGACAGGGGAGUUUGAGCGCUACGCAACGGCAGAUCUCAACAGACCACUUCUGGAGUCAGAGGACCAAGUCCUACAAGGGGAUAAGUUAUCGUGUAUCGUGCUGGGCAUGCUGCGAGGGUGUUUCGACUUCAUCGACGCCUAUCAGCAGGAAACCAUCUCGGCUAUCAAGGCAGCAAUCAAGCAGGCUGUGAUAGAAGUGGUGGCGACCAGUGACACAGCCCACCGGAUCAGUGGCGACUCCAGUCUGGAGGAUCAGUUGAAGGCGUUUGGCCACAGAGGAGUGGACCCAGCUUGCUGAAGAAUGCUGCCACCAACGUUGCGCAGACUAGUACGAAGAGUCAAGAAAGCUGCUGACAUAAUGCAACAUGCCACUGAUGCCAGCACAGGAACUGUCACAACAAACACUGCAACUGAGGAGUCUUCUGCCUCUAACUUGCCUGUAACGGAUUAUUUUCUGAGCGCAGAAGACCACGCUAAGGUGAGUCACAAGCUCAAGCAGCUGCUAACGUCUACUUGUCAGUACACGCAGGAACGCUGCGCCCAGCUGCUCUCCAGCAAGAGUAUCAUCUGGCCUGACGAGAAGUGUCCCACCAUCACAGACAAGGAGAGAGACAGAGACUCGCACUGGCUGGCUGAGAAGGCGACACUGACACAGCUGAGUGAGCUGUACCAACACGUGGAGCUGCUCAGUCGGGAGUGUGAGGCCGUCUGUCCUGAGGCUCCUGCGUCGUACCUGCGGUCUGCCUUCCGCUCUCAGGCGAACCGGUUCAUGCAAAGGUUCCACUUUGAGAGGAUGACUAAGCUGUCUCUAAUUUUGGACAGUGAAUCCUGGAGACAGGCAGAAGUUCCGGUGGAGUUUCAGCAACUGCUGGACCAGAUAUCAGAGACUGGUAAAUUCUCAUUAUCAAGAGAUAAGACUGAUAAAUUGAACUCCGGGAGAGAUCGGAAGCCUGCCAGCUUUCUCUUUGUUGAAGGGGACAAGUUCGCUGUUGUUGGCACUGUGCUGAUAUUGGUGAACAUAGUGGCCGAGUACUGUGUCAGGGCCGAGGAUAUGAGUCUCUCCGCAGCCAAUCUGUUGGGCUACCUGGUCGAGCUGCUCAACACCUUCAACUCCCGCAGUUUCAAGCUGGUGCUGGGCGCCGAGGCCGUGUCGGAGAAGACUGGGCUCAAGAUGAUCACCACAGCCAACCUAGCUCUGGUGUUGCGGGCUCUGCAGCUGCUGCUCUGGCUCGUACCCUACAUCAGGCUGCACUUCCAAGCCCUGCUACCUGAGAGUGCCAAGAUGACCCAGUUGGAGGCAGUGACAGUCCGGAUCAAGACCCACGUGAAGGACGUGCAGGCCAAGCUGCUCUCCAUCAUGGAGCCGCUGGUAGCCAACGAGCUGCACCACUGGGAGGCUCGCCCACCUGUGCCCUCCAGACCCUUCCAGAACAUCUGCAAGAGACUGAUGAAGCUGAACGAGGCAGUAUCCGGGAUCCUGCCGGAAGUCCAGACCCAGGAGCUGUUCCGAGCCAUCAACUGUGCCUUCAAGGACCUUCUGAGAGACCAGCUGAACCGACUUGGUAUUGUCAACAACGGGGGACCCCAGCAUGGGUUGGUCACUCAAGAACUGACAUUUUACCUGGAGGACCUAAAAAGGUUAAAAGCGUUACCUGAAGAAGAACUUUGUAUAGAAGCAAUGGCCGAUAUCUGGCAGCCGAAGUUGAGAUAAACAUUCCAUUACCUAGUCUUAGGUUUAGAAAACACCAACAAACCUUAAGUUUGUUUUCCUGAGUUACCAGUUUUGUUAUUUUUCUUGGUAGUCACAAGAAGAUUUUGUUUUGUUGAAUUUUUACAUAACUAGUUCUUUUUGCAGGUCUAUCCGUCAGUUAGGUUUCUCAAUUUUAUGACUGUAGAGAUGCAUUGCAAUGCAGUGUUGUAAAGGUUUUGCAUUUAGAAUAAUUAGCAUUAGCAUUCAUAUUCUUGUAAUUUUAGUUAUUAUAAGGUCAUGUAUAAUACCACAGUUCUGAAUAGUUUACUUGUUUUUUUAUUGUAGAGACUGUUUAUAUGUUGGACAUUGCUCAUUUUAGUUGUUCAGUUAUUAAGUACUAUGUAAAGUAAAAAUAUAGUUGACAUCAAAAGCAAAGUCUAAAUUGUUUCUUGUAAAAUGUUAAAGAGGGUAUUUUAAGCUGUUUUAUGAUAAUAGGUAUCACAAGAAAGACAGAGAGUCAGUUAGUAAUAAUUCAAUUUGUUCGUAAGUAUCGAAUAAGACUAGGUCUGGUAAAAACUAUUGUUCCGAUCGGUAUAUAGAGUUAAAAGCUUCAAAAUAGUUUCCUUAAGCAUUGAGUUAGCUGCCACAGCCUCUGUCAGAGACUCUAUGGCAACUUCACCAUUUGGUUGAGAACAUAUUUGAAACAGUGAUCUUUCAGAUUUCUCUUGAACUUUGAGAACGGAAAGAGUCUGCUAGGUUCAUGUAAAGUAGCUGCUGCAAGGUUGUAAUAAACGCUAUCUGGACCGGGAAGUCAAAAUGAAAGUGGCGUAAGUUUUUGCGUAAUUUCAUAGUGGAGUUUCCGACAAUCAGCAAUAUCUGGUUAUUCCCGUUUGGUGGCAACCAAUAACCGAUCAGCUGUUUUCCACAAAUAGACUCCAAGGAUAUUUUAAGCACUUCAGUUAUUUUUUCUAUCGUGAAAUACUUUCUGAAAAUGAUUGUAUUGGAAUCGAGUGAAAAGGACCGUAAUACAAAGGAUAGUCAAUAAAUUUCAAACGUUUCUGCAAUUAACUCACCUUUUGUGAAAACUGUUCACAUUUUAAGUUUCAGAGUUCAUUUCUUUUUCAAAAAGUAAGCAACUGUAUUAAAAUUAGAGUGGCUUAUCUCGUUGUUGUUGUGUUUGUGUAAUUCAGUUCAAUUAUAAAUUUAAUUGAGCUGGAAUUUAGAAUAGUUAGCCUUGAAGAAACCUUAAUGAUCACUGAUUAGCAAGAUGACCCAGUGUAAGUAUUGAACUAGAAACAAGUGUUUUAAAUGUUUGAUGUGCUGGAGUAUUUGGAAUAUCAGCUGGGAUUAUGUUUUAGUUAUAAAACAAUAUAGUUUGUAUACAAAUAUACCCAAGAAAUGUGGAAGAGUUUUAUCAAAAUGUUUAAAAGUAUUUGUUUAUUUAUUUCGAAGUUGCACAUUACAUCACAAUUAGCACAUUAAAUGUACUUAAAAACUAAAUAAAACAAUUAAUAAUGAAUAUUGUACCACAACGACACUAGCGAGAAAAUGACAGUUACAUAUACCAGGUCAAUUAAAGGAUGAAUGAUAAAAAUGAAUAAAAAUGAUAAAAAGGCCAACAGUUGACAUUAGAUUAAACAAUAUGAAAAAGACAAAUUUAAAUAAAAAGAUAAAAUUGUUAAACCCAUUAAAACAUUGAGAAAAUAUACAUUAUAAACUCAAAGCAAUAGCUGAAACCCACAGCAGCAAAAUCUAAGACAAAAUAAACAAAUUUAACAAACACAAGACUGAUAUGUUUACAAAUCAAGAAUUUAAACCUUAAAACAGCUUAAUAUCAAGUUUUAGCGUCUGUAUAAAAUUUCAAAAACUCUUGUAUUGUGUAGAAGAUUUCUCCAAAUAGCCAUUUUUUAAGAAACCCUUUUAAAACAUUGUUUACUAUUAAAAUAUUUUUUCAAUAGCCAAAGGUAACUUACUGAAAAUUAAAAAUUUUUAAUAUUGGUGUGUAUGUUCCUACAAUGUUUCUAUGUGCAUCAGAUUUGAUUAUGUCUUUAUUUCUAGCAUUAUACAGUGUUGGAGAAACAAUAAAUAAUGUAAUUUAAAUACUCCAUUAUGAUAUUAUUUAAAUGAUUUAAGUAUUACAAAGUACCGAGUGUUUGUAUGAGUACUUUCUAUGUUUGGAAUAUUUCUUUGUGGAGAAACAUUAGGGAGUAAGUGACUUUUUAUAUAUUUUCAAAACUACAUGGAAAACACGGUAUACCAAAUAUAGUAUAAAUCAAAUAUUUAGGAGAUAUAUAGAAAUAUAAAACUUGUGUUGCCUACAAAAUUUGAAGAAAAUGUAAAGGAUUUAUUCCAGAAAUGUUCAAUUGUAAAGAAAUAUUUAUGUAUUAACGUCAAAGUAAUAUACUGUGGACAAUCUUUGCAGACGGUUCGUAUAUAGGAUCAAUUUUAAUAUUCUCAAUUUAAAUUUUAUUUUAAGAUCAGUUGACUGUAAUAGGCCAGUUACUUUAUCCCGCUCCAAACGACUCAAAUCAAUUAGUAAGUUGAACUGUAUUCUAUAUUAAUUACAAUAUACAGUAAUAUGAAUUUUAUUAAAUUGUAAUUUCAAUAGCCGGAAUUGAAAAUUAAACUAACCACCCCAACCAGAAUCCUCAGGAGAAGCUUUCCUCCACUCUCUCCAGAAGCCCUUUAUCCCUUUGCAUCUCUAUCUGGAGCUGGAGAUUAUCAACUUUGAUCUCAACGGUGGAUUUGAGGACUCAUUGGUUCUGUUUCAACAAUAAAGUACUGCUUUUCAUCCCAACCUACAAAAUACAGUUUUUAAAUUACCAACCCUCUGGUGUUGGAGACUGUAAACUGUAAAUAAACUGAACCAUUUUGUCUGGUUACUGACACUGGAAAUACUGAAAAAGAUAGACAUUUUUAUUUAAGAGUGGGAGGGGGAGCGAGAGGAACACACCAGCAGGUUUUGAGACAUUGAGUAAAUCCCAAAAAAUAAAUUAAUAAUACUCAGUUGUUACAGAAUCUACCUAAUUCUUCCAAUGGAGCCAGAACUAUUUUCUGGUUCAUCCAAAAGCACAACAAGUUUAUUAGACAGCUGGAUCUGCAUGGAAUUUUAUGGCACAAAUGAAAGGUGUUUGGAUACAAAAAAUAAUAAUGAUUAUUGUCAUCAAUCAUCAUUAUAUAUGUGUAAGUAUUGAAUGUUGCAUACAAUUAUUAUUAAAACAUGUUGAUCGACAAAUUAUCAUUACUAAGAAAUGAAAAGAAUGCCUUAGUUAUGUAUUUUAGAUAAUCAGUGUGUGCUUUUUUGGUAAACGCUCAACUGUUAUGUUAAAUGUCUUGUGUGUCUUUUGGAGUGUAGGCGUUAUGUAAGGCAAUAGCAUGAUAUGAAAAACUGGCAAAAUUAAGACAAGAAAGUUCAUGUAGAAGGAAUCUUUUGAUUAUCUUUAUAAUUUGUUCGAAUUUUGUUGAUUGUUUUUCUAGUUUUAAAAUACGUAUGAGGUAAUUUAUAUCUGAUGUCUAUUAUGUGAUUUUAUAUUUUGACAAUACUUGACCAAAAUAUAAGAAUGUGGUUGUAAAACAAGUGUUGUAAGAGUUUUAAUAACAUACUGUGCAGUACAGAUUAUUUUAUAUUAUGUGUUUGGUGGCUCAGUGAGUGAUUAUAAUAAUACAGUACAGUCACAUUUAUCUGACGGUUUGGUAAAAACAUUUGAUUACAUAACUUCAUAUAGAUUGGUUAAAAAAUAUUUAUCUAUGUAUUUACAAAUUAAUAAUGUACAAUAGAACCCCUUAUAUCCGACUGAAGGACAGGGCUUUUUUGGCAAAACACAGGAGGAGAAAAAACCCUUUUACCAGCAAAAAAGUGUAUUUAUUUGGAGAAAAACAGUAAUAUAACAGUAUCGUUCCAAUGUUAUUGUUCUUUUCCAAUCACUUCCGCCCUCGUGGUGCCUGUGUUGUCAUCUGAAUUGUUUUUAAUAACAGUUAUAAUAUUAUCCAAUUAUCUAUUAACUAACAAGAUAUUAUCUUGUUUAGUUUCUAGUGUACUGUUAUUGCGUUUGUUUAAAAAUAGUAAAAACAAGGUUUUUGUAACAGCGUUUUUGUAUUGUUUAAUUUCUAAAUCAUGGCCAACUUUAAAUCAAGAACAUGUUUAAGAUAACGUGUUUCAGGUCGGAAUGUUGACUUUCUGCAUGUUGUAUAAAAAUCCUAUAAAUUUAUCAUGAAUUAAUUAAGAGAAUAAAGUUUUGUUUCUUAAAGGCAAAUUUAAGUUCUAAUAAAGGGGUACAUUUUUUAAAAAUAAAUACUAAACUGAUUACGGUUCUACAAUGCUUUGUAUUAUAUAAAAAAGAUGUGUAAUUUUAAUAUCCACACAAAUUAUUACUUUUUGUUAUAAUAAAUGCUAUAGCAUUUAAAAAAACGUUAUUUGGUGAAAAACGUUAUAUUAUAAAGGCAUCAUGUUAAUUAUGAAAACAAAAAGAACUGUCAGUGUAUUGGGGUGCUCUCUGUGAAGGUCUAACAGAAGUAUUUGUAUGCCAAACAAUAAAAUGGUUGGCCAAUGUAAGUGGCGCAUCUGGUUUUUUAUCGGUUAACAAUAACAGCACACGUAUGACAGUAGCUCCGGCUGUACAUGAGCAGUGAGUGCAGUUGCAAUCGUUACCCCCCCCACCCCCUCCACUUCAAAGACUCAAACAAAGAUGAAAAAAAUGAGUAUCCAGAGAAUAUUCUCCUGUGUUCUGUUGAACAUUUCUUAUCUAUUCAUUCUGAAAAUUUACUUUAUUCACAAGCUGCUUUUCAGUACAAAUCUAUCAUGAUGAAUAUAUUAAUUUUUUGGUUAAGAUUAAUGAUUAACUUUGUCUUGUUGUAUAAUAUUUACAAAUGAACAUCUAUAUUUUUAAUAAUUGUUAGCUAUUUAUAUAUUUUCACAUUCUUUUCACAAAUAAAACCUUUUGAUAUUAUGAUUUUAUUUGUACUCCCUGUUGCCUGAUGCCAUACCUAGAUCAGAUAAGUGAGACUGUACUGUAAUAAUAUUAAUAAUAAUGUACACUUUUUCAAUGUUUUAAUAAUAUUUUAACUCAAGUUUUUAUGCCUUAAUGUUAAGUGCUGUCGAACUGAAUUUAAACAAAUGUACUAUAUAAGAUUAUUACUUGUUAUAGAAUAUACUAGAUAAUAUUUAUUUGUAAAUAAUAAAAGGUAAUAUUACAAGAAAAUGUAAGAUUUUUAUAGUAACUAUUAACCGAGGAUGCUGUUGUAUAUAUUAUAUACAAAGAUCUAUUUAUAAAAUAAAGAACACUGCUCACUA